ACAGCUUUCGGAUAUCAGAGCUGGACACGGGAUCAGUUCGGAACACUCCAGGAGUAGGAGUUGAGCGCCUGAACGAGGGUAACCUGGGUGUCUCGGGAUCGAUUGUUCAUAUAGGGUGUAAUUGACAUCAAUAAAAUCCCGUACCUAUCAUACGGCAGUGACAACCUGUUCUAGACCUUAACAACACUGGAUGUGGUCAAUGUCCAGAGAUAUUUAUAGAUGACCGGAGGACAGUUUGUAACAAAAACAUUCGAUCUAUGGACAUCAAACAUUUAUGGAUUUUUUUUCUGUAAUUGUGACGCAGUGUUGAUAUAGUUCGAGUGAUUAUUUUUGAAAUACAUGGCGACAAUGGAUCAUGGUUUUGGAUAUCAAAAAGAUGUUUAAUCCGUACAAAGUGGCUCAACAUACUACAUUGAUUGAUAAGGACAUCGGACUUCAAAAAUGCAUUGGAUUCGUUGAGAAGGAAUUGUGUGGUACAUUUCACUUUUAAACCUAAUACGUUGGAAUCUAUUUACGUGGAAUACCAUAUCGAGAGCGCAGUCUAAAGGACAUCUUUAACCAUGAUACGCCAGGGUCCAGAUCCCGACUGGUGUCGGAACCUAAACAGUCAAUUUCUACUCUCCAAGCAACAACCAACAUGGCGUAGUCAGGAAAACACAACGAUCUCCAGCAAGAUGGCGUCCGAGAUGGCGUCGAGGACGCGGAUGUGAUGGAACAGUCGGUUGCUGUAAGCAGCUCACAUAUCGUACGUCAGGGUACGUUUGCCACUGACUCGUCCAAAACCCUUCGCUCCAAAAGUGGAGCCAUAAAGAAAGGCUCUAUUUCACUUCCGGUGAUCGAUGACAAAACUGUUGGAAUUCCUCACGUGGAAUACAAAGGGGACUCAGUUGAUAUAGUGAAAAAGCGAAAAAAGACUUCCGAGAAACCACUUGUGAAGACAAAUGAUCAUCUUCAAAGUGAAUACAAAAGAGAUAUAGUUUCGCCUCACAGGACUAAAAGCAAAUCAAAAGACGUGGUACAGACAAAACAAGGCAAUAUACAUCCAAAUACUAACGAAAAUAAUACAGAGGGAAAAGAUAUUCAACAAAAGGCGUCUUCAACGAAAUCUUCUAAACAUAAUAACACUGGUAAAGGUGACGUGGUUACCGAUACACCACAGAGAAACAAAUCUAUAAGACACCCGAGCAAGGAUAUUAAGGGCAACGACAAGGACAUUAUCAACGAAAAUUUGCAAAACGGUGUUACGUCUAAGCCUAAUUCUAGAGUAAAAGAGCAGGUAAAGGAUCACGGGACUGGUGACCAAGGCAAACAACCGCCAAGCUUUAAACUCGAGUCUGUACCACAGGACAAGAAUCGAACAUCAAGGAAUACUUCGUUAGAGGACAAUACUUCCGUUGAAAACGUGAAAUCUGUAAGGAAAAGUAAAUCACCUCAAUUUAAAGAAAGUGGAAUCAGGGUAAUCGGACACAUAGAAGCCCCGAGUGAUAGCAGAUCAUCACAAAAUCCCGGAAACACACCAACUAAAACAGAAACCGUAAAUAUCGAAAAGUCUCGUGUGAAAUCAGAAAAAGGUGAAGCCAAGGACUCAAAAAAGGGUAACGAAAAAGCAAAAAAGUCCUCUUGCUGGAACUGGAUAUGGUGACGAUGAUAAGUCAUCCGAUCUUGGCGUGAAACACCAGGAAAAUAAAAGAGAUAAAGAAUCCGGUAAUAAUUUAACUAAAACGCAAAAGGUAGAACCUACGAAGAAGCAUUUUACAAAAGCUUCGGACUUAAUCGAGGACACAAACGAUACACAUGUGAAUGACACAUCUACUCAUCCAAAUACAGGUAGAUACGAAAGUGGGACACUGAAAAACACUCCGGAACAAAAAUCCCACACCCGUGAAUAUAGCGAUAGAACUCGUAACAUUCCACCGGAAACCAAACCACGUGAUAAGGACACCUUGACUACUGCAAAUCUGGAUCCUGUGGUAGCAUUGGACAGGGUUGUCAAUAAACCACCCCAAAGUACAAUAUUAGCGACCAGACGUGGAGAAAAUACUGUCAAUGUAGACAAGGACCCUUUGUUCGAUGAUAAGGUGCCGGCAGACUUUUAUACUCAAAAUUCACAAGGAGAACCUGUUGAACCAGUCAAACAUCAGUCGAAAGAUUCAGAAGCUUCUUCUAAAAUGGAGCCGGACAAUAAACAGGAACAUAUUUCACAAACGGUAAAGGAAUCGUAUGAUUCUGUUUACGCUGAAAGAAAGAGUCUCCUCGACGCUGAAGUCACUUACAGGAAGAGAAUAACACAGCUUGAGAACGAAAUGAAUCAGUUUGUUAAAACUGUUGAGGAUCUACGAACAGAAAAUAAGACAAUUCGAAUUACUAUGGAACGUAUGGAAGAGGAACAGAAGAAAAAAGAGAGUCAUCAAAGUAAGAAUACAGUUGUAAUCAUUGCUGACGAGGACACGAGUGACAAAUCACCCAGUCCACAAAGCAAAAAGACAGCGGGCACAGAUGCGGAAAAGGACGAUUUAAAACGGCAGAUCAAGUUUCUGAAAAAAGAAAACAAAAGUCUGGAUGACAAAGUACACGAGAUGUAUGGAAAGACUAAAGAACUGAAAACAAACAAUGAAAAACUCGACGAAGAGGUCACACUGUUACGGAAUAGACUUCGCGAUUUGGAAAAAAGUCCCUCUAGUAAAAGAAAGGAGAAAAGCACUGCUGGCUCUAAUGCUGGAAGUGCCAAUGACUUGAAAGAAAAAUUUGAACGUUCUGAAACUGAACUAUCACAAGCUAAACUCACUGAACAUUCUCUGAGGGAAGAAAUAAAUGCUCUAAAAGUCACAGAGGAACGUAACAAGAAGGAAGCAGAAGAAUUAUUGUCAGACAAAAAGAAGCUUGAGUAUGAAUUGGAAAAAUUCAAAGACGCGGCAAAAGAAGACAAAGAAUUAGCCAAAGAUGGGUCAACAACAGCCAGGGAUAAAAUGGAAUUGAAAUCCCACGUAGUGAGCUUACAAACGGACAAUCAAAACCUGAACGAGGAAAAUAUGAAACUGAAAGCUGAGUGCCUCGAUCAGGUAAGAAAAAUACAUGAACUGGAAAAAGCAGAAAAGACUGAAGUAGAGAAAUGGAAAACCGAAAAUGAAGAACUGAAAAGAGAAAUGAAAAAGCUUCAAGAAAAAAAGGGAGGCGAAUCUGGAGAGAACACCAAAAAAUUAGAAGCGGAGAAUAAGGCUCUUUCAGAGGCUUUGUCACAGAAGAAGAUGGAACUGGACGAACUGAUGCACGCUCUCAAUGGAGAUAAUAUAGAGGACGAAGUACAAAAAAUCAAAGCUGAAAAGGAACAGAUACAGAUAAAGCUUGAGGAGAGUCAAAGGAAAGUGGAAACUUCCGAAAAAGCAGUUAAAGAGCUGGAGGAGAUAAAAAACGAGAAAGUCAGUCUCCAACAAAAACUGGAGAUAAGUGAAAAGAAAGUGGUAGAACACGAUCAACGGAAUGACGAGAUUAAUGAACUAAGGACAGAAAAAGAAAAAUUGCAAAAGCAGCUAGACGAAAACGAAAAAAGGGUCCUAGAGUCGGCAGAUUCUCUUGUGAUAAUCCAUGAACUAAAAUCCGACAAAGAGAAAUUACAGAAACAAAUGAAAGAAAAUAAAACGCGAGAGUCCGAAUUAGAAAAAUCCCUUACUGAAGUGAAAAUCCAAAAGGAUGCAUUGGAAACAGAAAAGAAAAAUAUCAAAGAGGAGUUAGGGGAAACCGUCAAAACAAAUAAAAAUCUGCAAAAGGAAAUGGAAACUUUAAAGUCAUCUCAGGAGGCAUUGUCUCAGGCAUUGGAUGAAGAAAAGUCAAAAAUAACAUUGCAAGCAGAAAAGGAAUGGGAAUUAGAUGAGGUUAGAAAAAAAUGUGACCUAUUAGAAAAAGAAUUAUCCCGAACAAAAAAAUUACAUGAGGUUGAAAUUGACAAAAUUAAUGACGAAAAGAGAAAAGAGGAGAACAAACUAAGAAAGGAACUGGAAAAUGCCACUGAAAGAAAAAAUGAAACUAUUGAAAAACUUACCAAAAAAAUGUUGUCGAUGGAAUCAACCAAAAAUAUGGAAAUCAAAACGCUGAAAGAGCAAAUAGAAGCACUAGUAGUUGAUAAAGAAGUUGUGGAAAAGACAAAGGUAACAGAAAAGGAGAAUAAAGAAUUAAGACAGGAACUGAAAACGGUGUACAAUAAAUAUUCCGAGCUAGUUAUCGACUUGGAGCAGAAAAAGAACACGGAAGAACGAGCAUUUGAAAUGAGCAUGCGCGUAGAACAGAUGAGCGUGAAAAUGAAACUGAUGGAGAAAGACGAACGCGAGUGGAGAGUGAAAAGGGAACGGUUUGAUGAAAUCGAGGCUAGCAAUAAAAGACUGAUGGAAGAAAGUAUCACACUGAAAAAAAUGUUAGAAGAGAAAGGCAAAGGUCCUGAGGACAUGUCCCAUCGGAUAGAAUUCCUCGAGCGACGGCAGACUGAUUCUGACACGCGUGUGAAACAGCUGGAAGGCUGGGUCGGGGAUUUGUAUGUAGACACUGAUCGUAGUGAAAAGGGGCGGAACAAAAACGCUACCAAAUACAAAAACAAACAAAACUCAAAAACUGUACAAAAUCCCUCAAAAUUGUCUGCCCAGAACCAGAAAGCGAGAAGCUUAGACGAUGUCGAGGUUCAUGUUGAUGAUAAGGCAACGGAGUCGUCAACUCCAACCUUGCCAUCUAUUUACGCAAAUAGCACGGGACAGAUGACCUUCAGAAGCACGGGGUACAGUCAGCUGCACAAAGCCCGCAUGCAGAGAGCCGUCAAAAAGCGCAGAUGAAUCUGUCUCUUAACAUACUUGCCAAAAGCUUAACAAAAUAUCUGUGAUAUAUUUAUAUAAAUGUGAAAUGCGCGUCUGGUAAUUGGGGUGUGUACGGUGUGUGAACGAGGAGUGGAUUGUGUACGGUGUGUAAGCAUGAAGUGGAUGAUGUUUUAUUUGUUGAAGAAAAACAACAAUAAAAGUAGAAAUCUAGUUCUAA